AUGCACUGCGUCUGGCGAUUUCUUAUCCCUGCUAAGGCCUACUUAUUGUUGGAGAUCUUUGACUUCGAUGUGUUUGAAAGCAUCAGUGAUGAAGACCCAAACGCCUGGGAUGGCUAUUUUGCUUUAACCCAAAAUACAAACAAGGAUUCUUCGCCCAGAGAAGAAAUCGUAGAGUAUUCAAGCACCGUCGUUCCAACCAAGACUUCGGUUGACCCUCAUCUUGACUCAACAGAUCUUGACGAUGGCUUUCCAGAAGCCACUUCUCAAAACCUUGAGUGGAAAGUAUUGCAUCCAAGUGGAGAACCCAAAGACUUAGCUGUCACUCAACCAAGUAAAUUUCCAAUCCAGGAAGGAACCAACGAUACCUUGACGAGACAAGGUGGAAAACAGGAGAAGGAGGACUUGUUGGACAAAAUAUUCUUUGCUCGCUACCCUGCUAAGGAGAACGCCGAAGGUGCUCAGAAACAUGUAGGAAAGGUGAUUUUUGGAGAUGAGGCUGCCAUUUCAACCGUGAUCUUGCCACUCAACAUCUCUUCCACGCCAUCAUUCUCCGCUGAUCUUUGUCCAGAUGAUGUCUUGUACGUCUCGGACCUCAUUGCUUUUUCUUCUCGCUUCUGUGGGACCAAAUCGCCCUUGAAUCAAAACAUGACCUUUGGGUCUUCUCUUAAGAUGGUGGAAGUUAUUGUGGAGCUGAUCACCACAACUAACCGUGGGCGAGGCUUCGCCAUGCUCUUCGAGUACAAGAAUGGGACGGAGGUGACGCCCACAAACGACAUCAAGGAUGGAGAAGAGAAUACUAUGAUGUUGGUGGUCAUCACGGGCAUCCUGUUCUUUGCGAUGGUUCUUUUGUCCUCACUCUGCAUUGCAUGUAGGUGGAGGUUAUGUCUCAAAAGAAGUUCUCUGGAAGUCCACAGUGAUCAAGAAAAUCAGAUCCAGAACUCCGGGGUUGACAUCAGUGAACUCCAGCUGGUGAUCCCAUGUCAAGAAAAUGAAAACAACAAUCAUUCUCUUGGGGGAAAUGGCGCGGUCACUUCCUGCCCUGGCAAUCUGGAACCCAUCAUUGAUCUAGAUUCCCCUCCAAUCUCAGCAGUGAUGGGAGGUGAUGAGGUGUUCAUUAUUUCUGCCAAUCCAGAACCUGGUCGCUUGAGUUUUACCUCUUGUAAAAUACAGGAGAAGGCAUUGACGAGAAGCAUCACCAGCCCGACUUCCGUGUCGGAAUGGCUGAUCCCCAAGCAGACGGAGCCCGGCAGCCAAAUGUCCAACUCCCUGAAGCAGCAGGCGUGGCGCGCACGGACCUUCCACAAUCUCUUGGCUCCCUUCCCACAGCUGCAGGAGCAAUGGGGCCGCUGGAGCCACAAUGGUCCUUUCCCCAAAGCGGACAAAAGUGGAGGUUUUUCGACCUCCACCCCAAACCAGCCCAUCAGAAUUCAGAAAGUUACCUCCCCUGGAGAAGCUGAAGGAACGUCCGAAGGGCCCCGCUUGGAAGGUUUGGCCAGUAACCCAUGGACACCCUUGGCCCAGAAACCGCACAAGCUGACCAGUGGUUCUAACUCAAGGAGGUCCCAAUUCACAAACCCCUCUUUCGAUCUCUUGACCGGUUCUCCUGGUUGCAGCCACCCGAGGCUUCCUGAGCACUCCAAAGUUGAGGCCCCUCUGUCCCUUGUCCGAAAUCCCCGCCUGGGAGGGAAGGAUGCCCUGGACGCUGCCGCCUUCCGAUUGAAAAGCAGCACCAUCAACUCUUCCAAGCCCAAGGAGGCUUCUGUAGAUGUGGACAGGCCCAAAGUGGUGUUUGCGAUUUCUGAAGAAGGAGACGAUCAACAGCCUUUGGUUUUGGCAGAGCACGCCAAUCAGUGCGCUGACGUUUUGUCCGAGACGAACGCAGUCCUCUGUGAAGGCAGACCGGCCACAAGAAAGGAGCAGAUGGUGGACCUAUCGCUUGAAGAAGACUCAGAGGAGGCCCCCGGAAGCAGGUUGAGCAUGGGUCUGUGGGGGGACCCCUCCUCCAGUUCCUCCCAAGAUGAUUUUCUGGGCGACGGGGUUGAAACCUAUGCUCCAGGCCCAAAACCAGAGCUCCCAGCCCGUUUCGAUUCAACGUCUUGUCCGAACGUGCUCUUUUGAUCGGGAAGGGUCCUUGUUUUGUGGAACUGGAAGUGGAGACGACCGAAU